UCUCCUUUUUUUCUUCUGCAACAACGACAACAGAGUCCCCUUUUUUAGUUCAAGUCUCAAACUCUUAACCAGUUACCAGCCCAUUGUUUAGUUGUUCAAGAAAUCCUCAGGGUAGCAAAGCGGAGGGGAGCCAUGUCAGGUUUGUAUAAUCCCAACUUCUCCCCUGCUCGAGCUGCUUCCCCGCAGAUUAGAAGCACUCCUGAUGUUGACAGUCAAUACUUGUCAGAGCUGUUAGCUGAGCAUCAAAAGCUAGGACCUUUCAUGCAGGUGCUUCCGAUAUGUAGCCGACUUUUGAAUCAAGAGAUAUUUCGGGUUUCUGGAAUGAUGUCCAACCAAGGAUUCGUUGAUCUUGACAGACUGAGGCACAGAAGUCCCAGUCCCAUGGCUUCUUCGAACCUCAUAUCAAAUGUUCCAGGGGCUGGAUUAGGCGGAUGGAACAGCCUUCAACAAGAGAGAUUGAGUGGACCUCCUGGAGUGACAAUGGAUUGGCAAGGUGCACCAGCAAGCCCUAGUUCCUACACUGUGAAGAGGAUUUUGCGUUUGGAAAUUCCUGUUGAUACUUAUCCGAAUUUCAAUUUUGUUGGAAGACUUCUGGGCCCUAGAGGUAAUUCACUGAAACGUGUGGAAGCUACUACUGGCUGCCGUGUAUACAUCAGAGGGAAAGGAUCAAUUAAGGAUCCAGACAAGGAAGAGAAGCUAAGGGGAAGACCAGGCUAUGAGCAUCUGAACGAUCCACUCCACAUCUUAAUUGAGGCUGAUCUUCCUGCUAAUAUUGUUGACAUAAGGCUAAGACAAGCACAAGAGAUUAUCGAAGAAUUGCUCAAACCUGUGGAUGAAUCACAGGAUUUCAUCAAGAGACAACAAUUGCGUGAAUUGGCGAUGCUGAAUUCAAACUUCAGAGAAGAUAGUCCGGGCCCAAGUGGUAGCGUCUCUCCUUUCAAUUCAAGUGGAAUGAAGCGUGCAAAAACAGGACGCUGAGAACUCAUGUAGAGGAAUACAAAAUACAUCUUGUUUUCAUUAUUUGAUGUGUUUCAACUGCCCUCGGGAAGUUCAUGCAGACUGCCAAAACAUACCUUCAUAUACAUCUGAAUUCAGCACAGCUACAAGACUAGGCUAACAGUUCUUGCUGGUGAGCUUUCUGGUUGGUUUUUAUUUUAUUUUCUUUUUCUUCCUCAACAAAAAGAAAAACAGAAUUGCAAAAUAGAACACCUCAUCUCUCCUCAAAAAAGAAAAAAGAGAAAAAAAAAUGAAGAAUUAUAUGGGUGGGUGUUGAGUUUAGGUUGAUGAGGUCACUUUUUGUUGUAAGUUCCAUAUAAAUAUAUAUUCAUUGGAUUUAUUCAUGUGUUAAGUAGGUUUAAGAAGUGUGAAAUAUAAUAUCAAGGAGUACAAGCGGUAGGCUUGUGAAUUAAGUUGGAGUUUUGUAGGUGUAUGAACUUUUCUUAGUAGUCUUCUUCUGUAGAACAUAUGUAUUGUGAUAGCAGGAUCUAAAUUCUUUCUCGUCGACUAUCACAAACUCAUAUUCUCCUGUAGGAGAUAUCGGCCACAGAAGUUUGGAUAACGCAUUGAGUAUUCAUGUGUACCUUAAUUAGUCACAGGUUAUAAUUGUUAGUAAAGACUACAUAUCUUGAGUUUGAUCAA